CAACAUUCUAGCCCAUACGAUGAAACCCUAAUCAAACAGCGUCAAUAUAUUUGUUGUUGCUUUCCCCUGAAAACCUCAAAAUUCUCCUCGUCAUUCCCAAUCUUUCCCACAGCCACCAGCUCAAAAACAAAGCUAAUAACCAAUCACAGAGCUUAAUCCUCUGAAAAUGGCCACUCAAAUGAGCAAAAAACGAAAGUUUGUGGCAGAUGGAGUGUUUUUUGCUGAGCUGAACGAGGUGCUAACAAGAGAGCUGGCCGAGGAUGGCUACUCAGGGGUAGAGGUGAGAGUCACUCCCAUGCGCACUGAGAUCAUCAUAAGGGCCACUCGAACUCAAAAUGUUCUUGGUGAGAAAGGGAGAAGGAUUAGAGAGUUGACAUCUGUUGAUCAGAAGAGGUUCAAGUUUCCUGAGAACAGUGUUGAGCUUUAUGCUGAAAGAGUUAACAACAGGGGCUUGUGUGCUAUUGCCCAGGCUGAGUCGCUACGCUAUAAGCUUCUUGGAGGGCUUGCUGUUCGCAGGGCUUGCUACGGUGUUUUACGAUUUGUUAUGGAAAAUGGAGCAAAGGGGUGUGAGGUUAUUGUUAGUGGAAAGCUUCGAGCUCAACGUGCAAAAUCAAUGAAGUUCAAGGAUGGCUACAUGAUAUCCUCUGGCCAGCCUGUGAAAGAGUACAUCGACUCUGCUGUGAGGCACGUUCUUCUUCGACAGGGCGUUCUGGGUAUCAAAGUGAAGAUCAUGCUUGAAUGGGACCCGAAAGGCAAGCAGGGUCCGGUUAAACCCUUACCUGACCUUGUCACAAUCCAUCCACCUAAGGAAGAGGAGCUAUACAUUCCUCCAGCUCUAGUUUCAACCGAUGUAGAGAUUCAGUAGCAUAAAAUCAUGUCAGCAGCCGGAAUACAACUGAUGUAGAUAUGUAAUAUGAAUAUUACGUCGUUGCCUAUCUGAUUUUGUUCAAGCUUUGUUGAUUUGCUCUCGGUGUUCAUGAUCGAUCAAGUCUACAUAAAGUUCUUGACCGUAUCCUAGUGGUCAUCUCUGUCGAUGUGUAAAAAUCUGAUUCCAGUGUGGAGAAUCAUAAUGUAAAAUUAUAUGCUGUGCCUUCAAUUUUUGCUAUGAUUCUAUAGUUCAAUUUU